UGGGCACGCUGGGCUGGGCUGGGCGCUGGGGCUGCCCCGCUCACCCGCAGCCGGGGCUGAUGCACCGGGGACGGGGCUCGGGGCAGCAGCUUGUCCUCUCGCAAGUGAAUCCUGAUCCUGCCCAAACUUCCCGACCGGGGGAGAAGCAGGCUGGUGUGGGGACUGGAGUGUCACCCCCAUCUCGAGCUGCUGCUGCCGAGUCGCCCAGGAUGUGCUGCUCUUCCCCGUGGGCAGCAGCAGUGAGGGGUGCUGGGUUGGUGCCAGGACUGGUUCUGGAGCACCACGGGUCACUCGGGAAGGGGUGCUGCGGUGCUCUGCUCCAUCCCAAGUUUCCCCUGACCCCAUGCUCCCUACACACUAAUUGCUGCCUUUUUUUUUUUUUCUUUCCAAGGCAGCAGUUUUUGCUGGAGCGAGUGCUGGAGGGUGGGCUGUGCUGGAUGGGGUGGGAGUGAAUGGGGUCAAUGACAGGGAGAGAGCAGAGGAAUCCACUCCCUGGGGCCGUGCACUGUCCCAUUGCAGCUGGAGGAGCUGGGUGCCUUGCUGGCACUGGGAUGGGGUUGCUGUGCCAGGCAGCUGCGGUGCUGGUCACUCCAGGACCACCUGCCAGCAUUGCCCAGGGCACCCCAUGGGAAGCCCAGCAUCUAUGGGAGUGGGCACUCACAGCACUGGGAGUUUGGGGUGUUACUCUAAUGCCUAAUUGUGAGGGUUCCCCCUGCUCCCCAAGGGCUGUGGUAAUGGCUUUGGUUUGGGACAUUUGUUCUUCAGAAAAAAACCCAAGUUCCUCUUGGGUUUCUCAGCAAGUCACAUGGACUGAUGGUAUUUCCCGGCUUUGCUGCUGCUAAAUGUCCAUGUUCUUUCCAUUUUCCUCUGCAUUUUGGUUCUGUCCCUUCCUCACCAUGUGCUACAUUCUUGCUCUUCCUCUUCCCAUCACCUUUAUCAAGGCUCAGUUUGGAUUUUCAAUCCAGUUCAUGGAGGAAUGUGAGAAUUGGACUGAGUGGGGCUGAAAUGUGGGUAAGGGGUCGAGUGAGUGCUUAAACCCUGCAGCUCCUGGUUUGGUUACGUGGGUAACUGCUUUGCAGCCUGGAGCUCAGUAGAUAUUCGGGAGCCUGAGCUGGAGCAGGUUGAGUGUGUCAUCCCCUGGGAGGGAUGCUGGGCUGGCCCUGACUGUGCAGAGCACAGCCCGCUGCCAUGGGACCUGCCACGGCUUCAGCAAUUCCCUGGGAUAGAGACAAGCCAGGCAGGACUGAGAGCACACACGUGUGCUCACAGGCACUUGUGUCUGAGCUGUCUCCCAGUCACCCUUGUGCUGCUCCAGAGCCCUGGCACUCACCACCGCUGGCAGGUGCUGCUCCUCUGGGGCUGAAUGUUCCUGUUUGGGUGUUUCAUCCAGCUCUGAGCCUUCCUCACCUUCCCAGCAUCAGUGCAGUGGGAAGGGCUGCUCCGGAGGGAAGUGUGUGGGUGUUCCUGUGGCAGUGGGACUGUGUGUGCAUGCACCAGUCCCACCAGUGACACCGAGAGCUGCCGGUGAUGCCGGCACUCAGUGGGAUGCCCCCGCAUGGUGCUGGGGCUGUCGCAUAGCCUGGCCUGCCCUGAGCACCACUGUCACCACCGCUGUCACCACACCACCAUCGCCAUGCCACCACAGCCCUUCGCUGAGCCCUGGCUGAGGUUUGCAGGGCCCUAAUCCCUUUCCCUUGUGUCUCUUUCAUCUCCAGUCGGACCAGGAGAGUGGUAAUAGACCUUCUUACUAAAUUAAAUGUGCAGGCUGCUCCUCAAGGCACGGCGCGGUUCAACCGUAGUGUUUGAUUUCCCAGCCACAGCAGUAUGGUGCCUCCAGGGAAAAAGCCAGCUGGGGAAACUUCCAAUUCCAAUAAAAAGUGUAAACGCUAUUUCAAUGAGCACUGGAAGGAAGAAUUUACCUGGCUGGAGUUUGACUAUGAGAGGAAACUCAUGUUUUGCAUAGAGUGUCGGCAGGCGCUGGUGAAGAACAAGCACGGUAAAGCGGAGAACGCCUUUACCGUGGGCACGGACAACUUCCAGCGCCACGCGCUGCUGCGGCACGUCACCUCCGGCGCGCACCGCCAGGCGCUGGCCGUGAACCGCGAGCAGCUGGCCUUCGAGACCCGGGUCCACGGCCACCCCGAACUGCACUCGGUCAUCAAGGUGGAGGUGAACCCGGCGAAGGUGGCUGUCCUCACCACCGUCUACUGGAUGGCCAAGGAGGAGAUCCCGGAUGAGAAGUGCUCCUCCCUGCUCAACUUCCAGAAGUUCAACCUGUGCCAGGCGCUGCUGGCCUCGGAGCACAGCGAGUACUACCACCCCGGCAGCGUCAGGGAGAUGCAGGCAGCCAUCGCCAAAGUCCUGCACAACGAGGACAGGCACAGGAUCAAAGCCUCGCCGUUUGUGGGGCUGGUGGUGGAUGAGACAGUGGAUGUCCUGGAGCACCGCAGCCUCGCCAUGUUCACCACGACUGUCUCCCCCUGCAACGGGCAGACCUCCACUGCCUUCUUGGGCAGCUUUGAGCUGCCCGCCGGGGAGGCCUCCACCGUGGCGGGCAAGGUGGGUGAGGUGAUGCGCUCCUUUGGCAUCCCCACCAUGAAGCUCGCCUGGCUCAGUGCCAACAGCACCUCGCUGGUGGCUGAGCGGCUGAACGGGGUGGGGACCGCGCUAACCUCGCUCUGCCCGCUCCUCACCGAGAUGCACUGCCUGUCCCACGGCAGCUCCCUGCUGCCAGCUGAGACCAUCGGCACCACUGAGUACCUCCAGAAGUACGAGACCACUGUGGAUGCUGUGUACAGGCUCUACUCCAGCUUCCGGGGGGGAAGCGAUGGCCUGCGGGAGCUGUGGAGCGUCCUGGACCUUUGUGAGAUAGACCUCAGGAGCCCCAAAGCCAUCCACUGGACUUCUAUCUUCCCAGCUGUGGAAGCCAUUGACUCCUCGUGGCCCACACUGGUGCUGCUGCUGGAGAGCGAGGCGGAGCACUCGCCUGUGGCCCGUGGCCUCUGCGAAGAGCUCAAGAAGUUCCAGUUUGUGGCCUUCACCAAGAUCCUCCUGGACGUCCUCCCCAUCUUCCAGAAGCUCAGUCGCUUCUUCCAGAUCGAGGACUUUGACCUUUCCAUCCUGAAGCCCAUCGUCUCGGCCACGGCUGCCACGCUGCAGGCCCAGCAGAGCACCAGCGGCCAGAACCUCCAGGAGUUCCUCAGCGAGAUGAACGAGCACCCGCGGGACGGCCAGGAGGGUGAGAGCCGCCUCUACUACAAGGGUAUCGAGCUGGCCAACUGCUCCCAGGUGCACCUGAAGCACUUUGAGCACUUGAAGGAGACCUACCUGGAGAGUGUGCGGGGCAACCUGCUAGACAGGUUCCCCAUCAGCGUUCUGGAGGCCAUCAGCUCCUUCUCAGCCAUUUUCAACCCCAAGUGCUAUCCCCAGUCUCUGGAGGACAUUGGCAGCUAUGGAGUCAGCGAGCUGAAUUUCCUGCUGCAGGCGUACUCGCGGGUGGUGGUGAGUGAGAGGGCCCUGAGCGACUUUCCCCUCUUCAAGCGCAUCGUCUUCAGCCUCAGCCAGCUCUCCUUCAAGGACCUCUGUGUCAAGCUGGUUUACAGCAGCUCUGAGAUGCACGAGCUCUUCCCAGACUUUGCUGUCCUGGCAGCCAUCGCCCUGGCCUUGCCCUUGGGCUCGGUCCUCGCCGAGAAGAUCAGCCGGGGCCGGGAGCUGCUGAAGCGCAGCCGGUCGCGCCGGACGAAGGACGAGGGGCUCUCUGACCUCAUGAAGAUCGCCAUCGACGGGCCGGCCAUCAGUGAGUUUGACUUCGCGUUGGCCAUCGAGUACUACGAAAGCAUGAGGGAGUCUGGGUUCAUCAUGACACAGGUGAAGUGAGCGUGGCCAGUGAGGGCUGAGCCCUCGGGCGGGAGCCGGGGCCUGCAGGCAGUGCCCAGCACCAGCUCAAUGCUGCCUUUCCACGUCGCUGGUCACUGUGGGGCUGGGCGGCCGCGGUGGAUGGUGACCUGCUCCGUGCUGGGAAGAGGAAACAGGAUCCUUCACAAAGCCAUGCUGGUCCUAUGACCACCCCUCGCUCAUCCACCAAGCAUCUGGCUGAAUUGCCCAGAAUUCAAAAGCCUGGGGCCACGUAAGGUCCCAAAUUGCAAUGAUUUUUCUCCAAGGGUUUGUCAUUAUUUUGUUUUAGGGGUAGGAAGGCAAAUCUUCUCUUGAGCUCAAAUGUCAUGUUGCCUUUGCACAAAGAUACCCAGCAGCUUCUGCUUAAUACUCUGCAAAAAUAAUAGAUUUCUGUUGUUCUGGAGCCUCGAGAGCGAAUGCAGAAAAGGCAGAACAUCCUCCCAGCCUGGAGUCGACCCCGACAUGCCUGGCGGUGUCGUGUUGGUGUUCCUUGUGCACAGCACAGAGUAUUUUUAGCAGUGGCAUCAAGUCAUGAUCAUUUCAAGAGCAAGAGAUUUAGGGAAUGAUAUUGUAAUGGCCAAGGAAAUAUAAUUUUAAAUGCGUCAUUGUGUA